CAGAGUGCAACCCAUUUCCUUAAUUGGCUACUCGACUUGCUUUUCCAACUUCUAUGGCUUUCAGCAGCAACAGUUGCUGAUCUUUUUAAGCUUACAAAACUACGCGCCUUUAUUUUGUGCUAAGGCAAAGAAGUUCAUUGAUUUAAGAGACUCCACGCCUCUGGGAUUGGUCCUCACGCUCUCAGUUUCCUAUCUGAAAGGAAUUCAAACCAAACGAAGUCCGAUUCCCUGACAGCAUACUAAAACUUUUGAGUUGAAAAUCACUUUUAACAGCCAUGUCGACGUUGCCAGCACAAGGAAAUCCGAAUGAGUUGACACAGCAGGUGAUGAAAUCAUUCGCUGAGAACUUAACUUCUGCUGAUCAGCGAUUAAACUCUCAGAUGCCGCCUUGCGUUGAGUCGGAGGCCGGUUCUAUGGCACAUACUGAAAAUUCAGGUUUUAAUUGGAAAUCAUUUUUGCCAUUCACGUCGUCGAAAUCACUUUUUGAUGAUGAUUUAUUAUAUCAUGAGCAGCCGUGGAACUCUGAGCCGGAAUUUAUAGAGGAGCCCGGUUCCAUGGCACAGAAUGAGGAUAUGAAUCCAAUAUGGGAAAAUUGGGAAUCAUCUGCAAAAACCAUGUCCUCGCUAGGAGAAGAAGAAGAAGAAGAGGAAGAAGAAGAAGAAGAAGAAGAAGGUAAUCCUAACGAGUUGCCACAGCCGCUCAGUUCUCAUGAUAACUCUCAAAGAGGCGUUGGUGAAGAGGGAGUUGGGGAUAGUGAACCAAACCCAAGCCACCUGGACAACGCUGAUCAAGCUUCAAAUGAACGAAUACAAAAGGAUCGUAAACCAAGGCUACUACCAGUCGGAAAAGCAACAAUGCAACUUGACCAAACAGGAACAUCAGCUGAAGCAAGCAUUAACUUUGGACAGAAACGAAAGGCUCGCGAAACGAGAAUGCUCAAGGAAGAGCAAAAAGAUGAAAGAAAAAAGAAAAAAAUAGUAAGUGACAGAAAAUAUCGAGCAGAUAAGAAGAAAGAGUUAAAUGAACUGAGGAAAAUCAAGCCACAGUACGAGAAACUGAUGAAAAUAGCAUCCAGUUUUGGGGGGAUUGACGAAAUGGAGUCACAGAUUAAUCACAUGAACUCUGAGUUAUGUAGACUCCAAAAAGAAGAGGUAGAAUACGAUAUGUUCCGGCAAGUAACUGAAACCGAGUUCCAUCAGUUAGCGCGAAAGAGAUCGAAGUAUGGUGGAACUGAAGAAAUGGAGUCCAUGUUGGACAAAUUCAAGGAAUUGGAGGUCGAGUCCCAGAAACUGAAACUAAUGAAAUCCAAGUAUGGAGAAAUUGGGGAAAUGGAAUCCAUCUUGGAUAAAUUCAAGGAUAUGGAGGCCGAGUGCCAUAGACUGGAACUAAUGAAAUCCAAGUAUGGAGAAAUUGAGGAUAUGGAAUCCAUGUUGGAUAAAUUCAAAGAUAUGGAAGCCGAUUCCCAUAUACUGGAUCAAUUGAAAUCUUUGUUCGGGGGGAUUGAAGAAACUGAGUCCAUGCUGGAUAAAGCAAAGGAAAUCGAGGCCAAGUUACAAAGGUUCGACCAAAUAAAGUCUAUGUUUGGUGGAAUUGAUGAAAUUGAGCCCGAAAUAAAUAGGCUUAAGAAGAUGGAGUUGCAGUUCGAAAAGCAUAAGCAAAUGGAGAAGCAAACGGAAAUGGAAACCUUGCAGUUUCAUGCAUCUCCUGGUAGUCGCCGGCAAAUGGAGUUCGAUCAUCAAUACUACACACAACAGCAAAUGGGGACUGAUUUUGAUCGAUUCGAGCAAAUGAAGUCUAAGUUUGGUGGAACUGAAGAAAUGGAGAUGAAGUUGGAUAAAUUCCAUCAUAUGGAGGCCAAGUUACAUAUAUUGGAGCAAAUAAAGUCCAUGUUGGGUGGCAUUGAUGAAAAUGGAAUCGAGAAUGAAAUAAAUAGGCUUCAGGCAAUAGAACCGCGGCACAACAAACAUAAGCAAAAGGAGCUGCCAUUCUUCCGUGAAUCCCCAGGUAGCCUCCAGCAGGAGCAGCGGGGAUCACAGUCAUUGGACUUGAAUGGCGACUCUCACAUGGUGUCAGAUCAGAAUGGAAUUAGUCUGAAUUCCUCUGCCGCCGUGAGUGGGAUAACGCUUGACAUGCAGUAUUCUGAUGUGCUUGUGCAUGAACUUAUAGCUAGACUUAGUGAUGAGAACGUUGCGAGCAACUUGGACCACGAAAGCUUUAAAGAUUUGUUAGAUGGAGAGUGCGAAAGCGUUGGCAAGUAUACAAUCCCACGGUCUCUGGUCUCGACUGCUCGUGAUAUCUUCAAGGCCCAUGAUGAUAUUACAACAAGAAGCAGAUACAGUUUUGUUAUUGUUCAGACUAUAUUUGUUUUGUGUUGUGCUGCUAUCAAAGAGAUGGGUGAUCGGUCUCUUGAAGAAGUUACUGAAAAGAUUAUCUGGAAGUGGAGAAACGCAAUCAUGGAUGCUAAACGCAGUGAAUGCAAUGUGGAAUUUGCGAUGGAACAUUUGAAGACAAUUGCUAAGGGUUACUUUGGUCUCAAAGCAAGCAAAGAUCGCGAUAACUUGAAACAGAGGAUGGAAAGUCUAAGGGCCUAUGAAGAAGCAUUGAGAAAGCAGCUUGAAAAGAUGUCAAAUGAGAUAAAGGCCAUGGAAAUGAAACUAGGAGACCUGACAUCUGAGCAAUGCAAGAUUUGCCAGGAAUCCGCAGAUAAAUUUUUGGGCAAAACUGUUGGUAUUUUCUGAUUAAUUGGUUCUGUACUUUUCAUUUCCCCAUUUUUGGCUGAUCCACGAAAUUGCCAAGGUAUUAUUGCUUACUGGGCUGCUGUCAUUUUUUUUUUUUUGGUGACAAGCAGUCGUUGUUAUGUAACCUUGAUAGAGGCCAUAUUGACAA